AGGUUAAAAAAUACUCAAUAAAUAUAAGAAGUAACAUUCUUAAUAUAUAUGGAAUAUCUCAAAAUCUAAAUACAAAUGAAUAUAUUAUGGUUUUACAAUAUGCAAAAGAAGGCAAUUUUAAUCAUUGGAUAAAUGAAAACUAUAAAUAUUUUAAUUGGAAAGAUAAAUUAUCUGCAUUGAAAAAUAUUAUUAAUGGCCUUAAAGAAAUUCAUCAAAAUAAUAUAGUUCAUCGUGAUUUUCAUACAGGAAAUAUAUUAUUUUUGAGUGAUAUAAAUGAAUUUGGUAAUUGUAUAUCAAUUUCAGAUAUGGGAUUAUGUGGAGAGGUUGGUAAUAUAGAUGAAACUAAAAUCUAUGGAGUUAUGCCUUAUGUGGCUCCUGAAGUAUUAAGAAGAAAGCCUUAUACCAAAGAAUCAGAUAUCUAUAGUUUGGGUAUGAUAAUGUAUUUUAUAGCAAGUGGAAGACAACCUUUUGAUGAUUAUGCACAUGAUUAUAAUUUAGCAUUAGAUAUUUGUAAAGGAGUUAGACCUGAAAUAAAUGAACCAGAAGCACCAAGAUGUUACAUUGAAUUAAUGAAAAAGUGUUGGGAUUUAAACCCAAAUAAUAGGCCAAAUAUUUUUGAAGUAAAUGAAUUAAUUGCAUCAUUUUAUAAGUUAUAUGAUAGGAAUUUUUUUACAGUAGAAAAUGAAGAAAUUGGAUUGCAAUUUAAAAAAGCAGAAGAAUAUAGAAAGGCAAAUCUUCCAUUCAUUAAAAAUCACCAAAUAACUACCCAUCCACAAGCUAUUUACACAUCUCGAUUACUUAAUCCUUUUACAGAAGAUCUUCCAGAAUAUGAUGAUAAUUCUCAAUGUUUGGAUCAAGUAAUUUAAAUCCAAAUGAAACAUAUAAAAAAUUUUAUUUAAAAAAAAAUAUGAAAUUAUUUGCUUGAUAUAAAUUUUAUAGCUUAAUUUAUAGUUUAUCCAACACUAAAGAUAUGUAAGUUUUUUACAAAAAUAAAU